AUGUCCGCCCGCAACAUCGUGCCAGUCGAGCCUGCCAACGGCGGAGACACUGUCGUCAUCGAAGUCCUGCAGGAGGGCAGUCACCCUCUCGAUGUGAGAUUGGUGGGAUGCGAGGGCGAAACCCCAUAUGUCACCUCGAUCAAGCACCGUAAUCUCGGAGCACUUAAACACAAAUUCAAGGGUAGCGACCAUGAGUGGGCCACCAUCGUGUCUCAUUUUCUGCUCCAGCAACAGCCAGAACUCGGCGAAGCCGCCCUUUUGGACGGCAUUCGCAUGGUCUACACCCUGAAAAACAAGAGCCUUGAGCUUUCUUUUCGCAAGGACGUUCAGAACAUCAAGGUCACCCUGGGUGAAAUCAUUCUACCAGAAGACGAUGAGUUUGAGUUCAACCCUUUUGAAUGGGCGCAGGCGUCAGCCGUGGCGCACGCCCAAACGUUGAAGCAGAUGUUCGACUUGGAGGCGCAAGUCAAGAGCAAGCAGCAGACCAUUGCCAAACUUAAUGCGCAGCUGGAAGACUUCAUCAAGACCAAACAUGAGACCGAGACUGCCAUGCUCCAGCAGUUCAUGCAGCUCCUUAACGAGAAGAAGCGGAAGAUUCGGGAUCAAAGCCGUCUUCUAGCAGGCGCAAAGGUUGACAAGCCAACAACGGCCGCUGUACAGUCUUCGAGAGCGAACACCAAAACCGCAGACACCAAAACCCGCAGAGCAGGCGCGUCACGAACAUCCAAGCGCAAAGCUCCUGCACAGUCAGCAGAGCCAGAUGUAGUACCAGAGUCAGACAGUGACCAGAUGGAGAUUGACCAAGCCAAGGCCGAAGAGCAGUCCAACGAUGAAAUGCCCGAGCCCAUGACUCCAGAGCAGUCCGACAACGAAACAGAUGUGGAGGACGAGCCUGCGUCCACUGCAACAGCGAGAUUGUCCCAAACGCUCAGAUCAACUUCAGUCGCACAGAGUUCAAAUAGCGAAGCCACCGAGAGCAAGGGUGUGCCACCACCUCGAGCGCUUCCAUUUGUGAAGAGAAUGGGAAUGCCAACACGAAGUAGGGGUGUAACAGCAGCCGACGACGACGAUGACGAGACGGACGACGAAGAGUUGUAG